CAUAAUUUCAUUCACGCUCGUGUAUCAGACCGUGUUGGAUGUGUGUGGAUGAAAUUCCGGUUGUGCAUGCCAAGAAAGUAAGAGUGAGUGGAGUUUAGAAAAUUUAGCUCGCAAUCUUUAUUUUAAUUUACUGAUGAGCUUAAACAUUUCAUCAUUCCGUCUGCAGACCGAUGAAAUAGAUGCAAUGAGUGUAAUUCCGCUGCAUAAGUAGUGUAAACAUAGGCAUCACAACUCUAAGUUUAUUCAUAACAUUUUUAACUUCCCUAUUAUUGGUUCAGCAGCAUAGUGAAAACUUGCGUAUGUCUAGUGAAAUUACACAAUACAAAACAAGCUUAUAAAUCGCGACGUGAAAUGAUUAGUACCGAUGUCGAUUUAGACACAGGCGAGAACAAAUAAAAAGAUUGCAAAUUCUUCACGAUAAGAUUUGUAACAGCCUAAUAGCAGGUGUUUAUUUCCACACCGCAAGAAAGUGAAAAAAUAUUCAUAGUUGAAGCUUGCUAGUUGGGGCAACUGCAACAGAAACCAGACAAUAGAGCGGUGAGCUGUGCGAGUAAAACAAGUUUGUGGAGAACGUGCUUUUCGUAGCGUUUCGUCGAAUCGCCCAGUCUCAAAUUCCUGAGAUAUUGAAAGGAACACAGAAAGGACAUGGCCGAAACAGUUUACGUCGGUGGCAUUGAAGGCGGUGCAACACACUCCAAGUUGGUAAUAUGCGAUCUGGUCGGGAAUGUUGUAGCCUCGACCAAGGGCCCCGGUACCAAUCACUGGAUGGUGGGAAUUCCCGAGGUAGCCAAACGUAUCGAUGCAAUGACCCGGGAUGCCAAGACCCAGGCACUGAUUCCUGAGAGCCAACGGCUAGCAGCGAUGGGACUGUGCCUCAGCGGUGCCGAGCAGGAGGCUACCAACAAAGAGCUGGAGAACUAUCUGCGUUCACAUUAUCCGGAUGUGGCAGAGCGUUAUACAGUGGGCAGUGAUACGAUUGGAAGUAUAGCGACGGCAUCGAAUUUCGGUGGAAUGGUAAUUAUUUCGGGGACGGGCUCGAACACGCUACUGCGGAAUCCGGACGGAAGCACGUACGGCUGUGGCGGAUGGGGACACAUGAUUGGGGAUGAAGGUGGAGCCUGGUGGAUCUCAAAAAACGCCAUAAAAGCAGUAUUUGAUCACGAGGAUAAUUUGCACCGAAGUAAGCUGAGCAUCGACCGUGUUUGGGAACUGAUUCAGGAGCACUUUGGCGUGAAAACAAGAUUAGACCUGCUGGAUCAUUGUUAUGCCAAAUUUUGCAAGCCAACCUAUUCCGGUUUAUGCGCUAAACUGUCAACCUGUGCUAUGGAAGAAGGUGAUCCUCUUUGUCGAAAAUUGUUCGAAGAUGCUGGCCAGGAACUGGCCCGUUCAGUUUGUGCUUUAUCACCUCGUAUCAGCCCAGCUUUAAUUAGCAAAUGCGGAGAACUGGACAUCGUUUGUGUCGGGUCUGUCUGGCUAAGCUGGGAGCUAUUGGAACCAGGAUUCACUAAAGAACUGGAAAGAGCCAAAUUCAAAUAUGAUCUGAAACUGUUGAAGCUAACCAACACGAUGGCCCUCGGUGCGGCGUACAUAGCUGCGGAUACAUAUGGGCUGCAGCUGCCAAGAGAUUAUUCCAAGAACUAUGAGGUAUUCUAUGGUCACCGAGCCGUACUGAAUGGAAACAGCAACGGAACUAGUAAUGGAACCAACAAAACGACUAAUGGAAGUUCUAUAGAAGCAGCUAACGGCACUAUUCAAUGAAUAUCCAGUUGUACAAACAAUACUACAUAAGUGAUUUUGUGUUUUAAUUAGCGGAAGAGCACAAAGAGAACUGAGAUUUUUGUAUAGACACCAAUUGAAAUUUAUAGUAAAUUUUUUACGAAAGCAAAUUGCACAGAAAUACUAUAUCGUGUUGAUGUAAAAAUAUAUUCUAAAGGCAGUAUAAAAUCAUAUAUGUUUAUGUAUUUACAAAUACAGUAAAUUAUGCAUUGUCAA